UUUGGAUACCUUGCGACCUAAGGCUCUUUCCCCUUUAAAUACUGUAGCUCGAGCACGAAUUGGCUCUCAGAACCCGCAACGAUCAAGAUACCUCAGAUCAACUUUUCAUCGUUUCGUCGGAGCGGAUCGGAGGACCUUCGGUAAGUGAAGUCAUUUAAAUAGCUGUGAUGGCAGCAAGAACCAUUAGAAGGCGGCUCCAUCAUGGAGAUAUUGACGGGAAGAGAAAUGAGUAUUCAGACGCAUCAGGAUUUGAUGCCCUAAAUGAACCUUUGCUUGGGAAUAACAACCAUGGAGGCCACUAUAACUAUAAGGGAUGUGAUGAUGGAGGUGAACAAGAUUGGGAUGACAAAAAGAAGGAAAUAAACCUUCACUGGACACGUCUUUUCGCCAAUUUGAUUGCUCAAUGGUCUCAGUGGUUAGCAAAUAUUAUCCUUGGCUCUGGGUCGGUUUUAGGAAGGUUCUUACCUAUCUCUUCCAUCGCUUCAAAUGAACAAGAUGACCCAAUUUGUCUUUGUCCCUUGCAGGAAGAACGUUACAGAAAUUUGCGGCUGAGGGUGGAGGUCCAGUUUGAUGGUUCUCGAUUGGAUCAUCAAGAUGCCCUGAAACAGCUAUGGCGUCUAGCCUAUCCUGAUCGAGAAAUUCCUCCUCUUAAAUCUGAAUUAUGGAAGGAAAUGGGUUGGCAAGGGUGUGACCCAUCAACAGAUUUCAGGGGUGGUGGAUAUAUAUCAUUGGAAAACCUCAUCUUUUUUGCCAAAAACUACCCGAAUUCAUUCCAAACUCUGUUGCACAAAACAGAAGGUAGAAGGGCUGAUUGGGAAUAUCCUUUUGCCGUAGCCGGUGUUAAUAUAUCAUUCAUGUUGAUACAGAUGCUAGACUUGCAAUCAGUCUUGCCAUCUUCUAAAGCAGGAGUUCGGUUCCUGGAACUGCUUGGGGAAGAUGAAAAAGCAUUUGAUAACCUCUACUGCAUAGCUUUUCGCAUGCUGGAUGCUCAGUGGCUCGCAAAGCGUGCAUCUUAUAUGGAGUUUAAUGAGGUUUUGAAGUCUACAAGAAAUCAGUUGGAGCGUGAACUUGCCUUGGAAGACAUCACCUGUGUAAAGGACUUGCCGGCUUACAACAUGUUGAUGUGAUGAUCUUUCCCUCAAAUUGUUUCUCUCUUUGGGGUUAUUCUCUAUGGCAAUGCAACAUUGAACGAUGACCAUCCUUCUGGUAACCUCUGAAAUGUAUAUAGCAAAGACUAAUGCAAAUAAGAUAAUGGUGCUGAUUACAAGGAUGAGCUCUUUUCAUCUUUUGUUGAAUC